UCCUACCUACUGUCAGUUGUACCCCUGCAAAAGCUGCUUACAUUCCUUGACGUCAACAUCUGCAAUACAUACAGUGUGACUGUGACUUUGAAUCCAGAACCCCAAAAUGCCAAAUCAGAGGGUGGCUUUUGUGAAGUCAGUGGGGCUGGAUAAAGCAACCUCCGUGGGUCUUCAUUUACAAAGAUUCUUAGGAAAGGGGUCUUCUAUAACAGACUAGUUUCUUAGCCAGGGAGAUAGCAGUGAACCUGAUAUUCAAUAGCCCUUUAAUUGCAGAAUUUGGACUGUAAAAGAGUGAGAGAUGAAAAGGCCUGGCUGACCUCUGCUGUCUCUGGGAAUGAAUGAUGCGGUGAGGAGUGAGCAUCCUGUGGGGUGAUGGGAGCGUGCGAUCCCAGCUCAGCCUUGGGUCAUGUGGGAGUUAGUGAGAGGAACUCAGUGGAAAGUGCACUUCUGAAGCACAUAACCACGUAAACACACUGAUUUGUGCCAAAGCUCCUCGGAGGGUGUGGACAGAGCACUCAGUAAACAUUGCAAGGAUAAGUGAGGCUGGUGUUAGCAUGGAAGUGUAAUGCCCUGCCCAGCACCAGGCCUCCCCUUCCGAGGUGGGCAGCAGAGUGGCUCCUGCUCCGUUGGGCACCCAGACCCUGCGUUGGAGAUCAGCCCUGUGGCACGUCAUGUCUGUUCCUCCAGAUCUUCAUCAGCAGUAUUUGCAGGCUUGCCAAAACCUGAGCCAACCUGAAAAUCACUUUGUUGCUCGUGUGCUUCAAGAAGCUGAUAAAAGUGAUAACAUCAGACAGACAAAAGGGAUCACAUUAAAAAUAGCUGGAAAUAAUCGCUUGGUGCCUGUGCAGAGAGUUACAGAUGAAGAUGUUCAAGUUCUUGCCUCUGUCUUAUGCAGUGCUGUAUUUGUCACUGGUUUGGAUCUGAGAUAUAAUGAUUUGACCGAUGUUGGAGUAAGGCACGUGGCAACGUUCCUCCAGGGGCUGCCUGUAAUGUGGUGCACGACAGAGGUUGAAAACUCGACUCUGCGAUACCUUAACCUGAUGUUUAAUGAUAUUGGCACGAGUGGAGCAGAGCUGAUAGCAAAUGCUCUCCAUAGCAAUGAAACUCUUCUGCAUUUGAGAAUGACUGGAAACAAAAUAGGCAAUAAGGGUGGAAUGUACUUUGCUUCAAUGCUACAAGUUAAUUGCACCUUAGAGAAGUUAGAUCUUGGAGAUUGUGAUAUGGGUACACAGUGUCUAAUAGCAAUAGCAUCAGUCCUGACUCAGAACAAAGCAGUCAGAGCAAUAAACCUAAAUCGUCCAUUGCUGUACAGCCAAGAGGAAGAGACCACAAUCCACAUGGCUUUGAUGCUGAAAAAUAAUUCUUCUCUUGUGGAACUACAUUUGUGCAAGCACGAAAUUAAAAGCCUUGGAGUAGAGCGACUGUGUGAGGCAUUGUAUGAAAAUUGCAGCCUGAGAUACCUUGAUCUUAGCUGUAAUAAAAUAACUCGUGAGGAUGUGAAAUUUUUGGGAGAACUGCUGAAGCAGAACCAAACUCUGGAAAUCCUAGAUCUUAAUUCAAACCGAAUAGAAGAUGAUGGAGCGAUCUACUUGAGUGAAGCUUUGGCUUUGUACAACAGGACUCUUAAGGCAUUGUCAGUAGUGAGCAACAAUAUAAGUGGCAAAGGGCUGGCAGCUCUCUCACAAGCAAUGAAAAUAAAUGUGGAACUCUCCUACAUUUAUAUCUGGGGGAACAACUUUGAUGAAGCUGCCUGUACGGCAUUUUCAGAAUUAAUUCAGGCUGGCCGCUUGAAACCGAAUUGCACAGAUGUGGAACCGUAUGAAGUGGACGGGCACGUUCACCUUGCAGAGCUCUCCCAUGGCCUUAAAAAGCAUUACUACUGGACACCAAGUUAUGGGCAGGUGAAGAACACUGCUGCUAAUGCCAGUCUGGCAAUUGCAGCUGUUUCAGAAUAUUUGUAAGGUAGGAUCUUGGUGCGCUCACACGGAGGUUUAUCUGUCUUCUAGUACAACAGAUACCAAACACGCUGCUGGCUGUUUCUUCAGUCUUUACCCUAGGAGUCUAAAAAUACUUUAAAAUAGCAUUAGAGAUGAAAUACCAAACCAAUAACUGUAAACUUUGUUAUUAAAUUUUACCAAUCUAUUAAAAGGCUAUCAAUAUGAAAGCAUGUUUGU